UAGAAAGAAGAAGAAGGCUCCAAGGGCAACAAUAAUGGAGGCGCCUCCGUUCAGCUUCACACCGGAGCGCUUCUGGACGGAGGAGAAAGAGAGGUCACUCAUUGCCUUCUUCUCCACGCACAGUUGUCUGUGGAACCACAAGUCAGAGAGCUACAAGAACCGACAGCUGCGAUGGAAAACCCUGGAACACCUGAGGAUCCUCCUGUCAGGUCACCCCCCACCUGCUCCUUUCACAGUGGAAGACAUCAAGAACAAGUUCAAGAACCUCCGCACCACCUAUCAGCGUCAGUACAAAAUGGUAAAGGCCAGCCAGGUGUGCAGGUCGGACGACGUGUUCGUGCCGCAGUGGAAGCACUACCAGCAGCUGAUGUUCCUGCAGGGCUGCUGGGACCAGGACGACGGCCCCGACGACCAGCCGCCCUCGCCGCUGACCGUUCCACAGGAGGAGAGCCAGCCUGUCGUCACCUCCCCGGGGCUGAUCAUCUCCUUCCUCCCCACCCUGUCCACCUCCUCCCCCUCCUCGUCCUCCUGCAUCCCCUCCAACAUGAUGAUUAAAUGUUACUGGACUGAAGAGAGGGAGCGUGCACUAAUAGCCUUCUACUCCGAGCAUAACUGUCUCUGGAAGAAGAAGUCUGAAAACCACAACAACCGUCAGCUCAGACAGAGGCUGCUGGAGGCUCUGAGGAACCAGCUGUCUGAUCACGCAGUGUCUUUCUCAGUUGAGGACAUGAAGUGCAAGUUCAAGAACCUUCGGACAGUUUUCAACCGUGAGUACAAGGCGGUCCAGGCUAGCAGGCUGUCUGACAAACUCUACGUGUCCAAAUGGAAACACUACCAGCAGCUGCUCUUCCUCUGCGAGUCCUGCGACGAAGACGACAGCCCGGACGACCUGCAGAUACUGACGCCACAGGAAGACAACGAUCUGGAACAUGGAAGCCAAACACCUUCUUCCACCCUGAGCAGCCUCUCCUCCGGCUCCGCCCAGACCAACAACAACAAGUUCAACAACCCGUCCGCUCCCUCCAGCGAUGCCAAAACCAACACCAGCGCUGCAUACCAAAUCUUCCUCUCUGCGUCUCCAGAUAAUCUCAAACUAGAGAGCCCGACAACUGCUCCCACAUUCCCCGCCUCUCCGUCCACGGACAGCAAACCUUGCACCAACCCCUCCCCUCUAAAUGACAGCAGACUGAGCAGCGACUCCCGCUGCCACUGGAACGAGGCCAAAGUUCAGCAGCUCAUAGCAUUUUACUCUGGGCACAGCUGUCUGUGGAACCAUAAGUCCGAGAGCUACAGGAACAGGCUGUUGAGACAGAGUCUGUUGGAGACGCUGAGCAGCCUCCUGUCUGACAACGAGUCAGUCCCAUUCACAGUGGAAGACAUAAAGACAAAGUUCAGGAACCUGCGAACCAUUUUCCAACGUGAACACAAGGCGGUGAGCUCAAACAAAACAUGUGGAUCCGAGGACUUUUACCUGCCAAAGUGGAAACACUACCGCGAGCUGAUGUUCCUCUGCGACUCCUGCGAUGAGGACGAGCGACCUGAAGACCUCCACGAGCCGCAGGAGUCCGGCCUCCUCCACCUGGACAGCCAAGGCCUCACCAGCCAUUACCACGGCGCCAACCAAACUGCUACCAAACUGAACAUCACUCCACGAAGCCUCGAAGCCCCUCCCUCGCCUACUCCCCCAGACUCCCAGCACUCGUCCCCCUCCUCCUCCCCCUCCACGGCCUCCUCCAGGGUGUCAGGAGGACGCAAGCGGGCGAGCCGUCGCCUCGCGCCGCCCUCCAGCGAGGUGCUGGACAUCAUGAGGACGUUCUGUCAAAGCCAGGCGGUGUCGCCGCACGCAGGGUUCCUGAAGUACGUGGAGGAGUGUCUGAACGAGACGCCGCCAGACAAAGUGAAGAAACUGAAGAAGAAGAUAAUUGAGACGAUCCACAGCGUGUCAGAGGAGGUUUAGUGUUUGUGGAGCUCAAGUCAGUCUCACUGUUGUUUUUUUCUUCUACCUUAGUCUCUUUCAUAUCCACCUUAUUCCGAGCCCCCAUGAUGCCUUGCGUGAAUUAUGGGUGCAACUUCUGGUGCAUCGUGUCACUGAACCGGAACUGGCGUUUUCCAUGGUAACGCUGCGCUAUUCCUCUCUCCUGGAGCAAUUGUAUUAAAAAUCUAGUAAAACAUGUGUGAACACCACCUAUUACACCUCAAACGGGAUAAUGUGACACUGAAUAAGUGGCCUCAUAUAACCUACACUAGCAUAUUUAACUACUUUAUUGACUCCGUUGCUACAGACGGUGAAGCGAUGAACAAUCUGAAAAGCUCUGAGGCAGAUCAGUAUCUCCACAGUAACAAGGUUUUGUUUUUUUUCUACACAGAUAACCGUACUUAAACUAUUUGUAGUCUAACGCUGCCCUGCACUCCGUGCCAUAAACUGCCUUACAUUUUAAACUGUAAAGAAAAUAGUAAAAGUAACUGGCUGUCAUUAAACCAACGCUACCAUGCUGUGUCCUCCCUACACAUGAAAUCAUAGGUAGGUCUGUAGGUAGGCGAUGGAAACCGUACCGUUGGUCACAAGAACAAUCCCUUUUUCUGGUUCUUAGAACAGCCGCGGACAGCGCAACAAGUACCAGAGCUUUGCAAGGACAUUUUAGAAAAUGUAAAGUCUACAGUAAUGUUCCCGAGAAUAAGGUGGAUAGCUUCCUAACAGUUGUACUAACAUUACUCACCAGCUAUUAACUUGCCAAAGGUAGCACCCUAAUGCAAACAAUAGCAUGUUAACAUACAUAAGUUAUCAUCUCGGUCAUAAACAUGAACCAAAGUGUUUGACAAGUGGACAUUUUUAUCUGUUGGUGGAACUAGAGGAAAGAAUCGGGAUCACCAAAGCCAUGUCAUUUGUGGACCAUGUUGGGCUGACUGACAUCUUUGUAUGGAUUUAGUGCUAUCUAUGGUAAAACCACACAAUUUGACCAAAAGACAAUAGAUUGACAUACUCUUAAAGCACUACAGUAUUUUAAAAUGUGUUGUGAAUAACUGUUGUUGCCAAAAUGGUCAUCCAGAGAACCUUCCCAAAAAUAAUUAAAUCGCAAGAGACUAGUAAAGAUAGAGAAAAACGUCAGCGUCAUUCCCCGUGCUCAAAGUAUAUUUUUGUCCCACUGUGUGGUUUUAAUGUCACGGUGAUGAGAUUCAUUCCUAAAUGACAUACCCACCAUUUGGGUUUUUUAAGUUUAUAUAAAUGUAUUUUGUGAGUACAGGUGUUUCAAUAUUUAGGGCAGUAUUUACAAAUUUUAAGAAUUCAGUCACAAAAGAACCUUGUUUUCUGAACCUGUAAUGUGCCCCUUUUAUUUAUUUUAGCUUUCUCUAAAGCUACGUAAAGAUCUACGUAUGAGAAUGUUACAUUUACCGUUUCUUUGCUCAUCAACUUGUUGAGGUUUUAUUGCUAUUAUCUCAUUAACAGCUGCUGUACAGCUGUAAAAAUGAUUUUAAGUUUAUAGACCUUCAAGUAGUCAUCUUUAAAAAAGAUCUAUGCAUGUUAAUACUUUUAAAUGUUUAAAAAAGAUGUUCUUAUUGAUUAAAUCAAAAUCUUUUGACGCAA